AUGACUAUUUACAUGAAUGAUUUCGAAGAUGAAUUUAUUGUUGAAGUUGAUCUAGUGGUAGUGCUCCUGUUUUGUAGUUCUUGUUAUGAUGUUUUUCAGGUUUCUGUUUUGCAGUUGGUGUUAUUAUGUUCUACAGGUUUUGACAUGCUGCACUCCUUUGGUUUGCUAAUGGUCGUCAAUCCUGAAACGGAGAAAGGGAUAUUUGAUACUAUACUGCAAGGACAUAUUGAUUGUGAAAGGUUUGAGCACUAUAUAUUCUUUGUGCUAUGUCUUUAUGCUAAUGUCACUGUUGUUGAGAGCUUAAUGAUGGCCAUCGCCAGCGUUGUCCCCAAUUUCCUCAUGGGAAUUAUUACUGGUGCUGGCAUACAGGGAAUAUUCAUGCUUGUUUCGGGCUUCUUCUGGCUCCCCAAGGACAUACCAAAGCCAGUAUGGCGUUAUCCCAUGUCUUACAUCAGUUUCCAUUUCUGGGCUCUUCAGGGGCAAUACCAAAAUGACCUAAAGGGAGUGGUGUUUGACAACAGGACACCAGAUCUACCAAAGAUACCAGGGGAGUACUCUUCUUGUCUUCUUGAUGCUGAGUUAUGUUUGGUCCUAAAGCUUCUUUGUUCUUGAAAUAUUUCUACU